AUGCAGAUUCUCUUUCUGGCAACCUGUAUGGUUUUACACUCCGAGGAUGCGUUUCCAAGACAGAGGAUGAUGAAAGCGAGGUUCCUGGGAUUCAGUCUUGACUCUGGUGAUGAUUUUACAUAUGUGAUAGUCACUGAUCCUGAUUCUGACAAAGAACCACAUCGGAUCUUUACCCGCUGCGUCAUCCGCCCGCGGCAUGUUCGCGAGGCCGCACCUGUUGUGGUCCGAAAGGGGGAGACAAAGUUCGAAAUUUACAAGGAGGAUGAACGCACCAUCUUGGAGGGAAUAGCUGAUCCUGAUUUUCCGCCUCAACUUUCUGAAAGGGCGCCAAAUCCACUAUUGACCAUCCAAGAGGAGCCCGAACCCUUGGACACCAUAGAGGAGUAUGAAAGAGCUAUCGAAGAAGUACAUGGACCACCUCCUUCGAAACGACUUUGUACCGACCCUAUGUCCGAUGAUGCUUUGUUGCGAACUGAUCUGGAGGAGCUCCAGCCUCUCUCUGUUAAGACCGUAACAAACUCUGCUUCCAAACUACCGAGAGAACAAGCAGAACCUACGAUUCAGCCACCAAGGGAUCAAGAGAUUGCACCAGCUGUGCCUGCUGCCACUGUCAAAGCAACAACUGAUGGACAGAGCAAACCGGCUCAGAGUCCAGCCCCGGUAACACAAGAGGAACACACCCAAGUGACAGAUCAAGGUGAACAUGCCUCAGAAUCAGAUGAUGAUGCUUCGGUUCAAUCAGCUGGUGAUGACUCGGUUCAUUCUGCCGAUGGAUACCUCGAUGAUCACCAUGUGACACCGGAGUCGCUUGACGUUCAUCUCCAAAAUAUAGCUGGUAUUUUGGAUGAUGAAGACCUCUUUGAUUUGGUUCAUGGGCAUGCAUUUCGUAAGGGAGUCCUGUUUCUCCGCAUUCUCUGGAAGACUGAUGAAACCUCUUGGGUAACUUAUCGCGCUUGUCGUGAAGAUUUUCCCUAUGAGACUGCCAAGUACAUCUGUGCCAACAAGAUUGGGUCCUGCUCCGGUAACCACAAGAAUGGACCACACCAACGUUGGGCACAAACGUUCUUAAAAAAGACUCAACGUGUCAUGCGUCGAUUUGUAAAAUACAAUGGUUAUUCCAAGCCUAUGAAGGAAGGCCAGGUAUUUUGCUGUCCUGAAGAAGACGACAGCUACCAGAUUCAAUACACCAAGCGUUUCAAGAAGUCCACCCCCCGCCAGAAUCGACAUGCCAAGAAGCCUGGACGUUUCUGA